AUGUUCUUUCACUCCCGUGUCGUGCAUGCCCUCCUGGUCUUUUUUUUUAUUGCAGCGGUGCGCUUUUUACCAUUCAUCAGAAAGUUCUUACGAGGCCCUCCCCAAAUCGAAGCCGAUCAUCCGAAAAGUGAAAAUUUCAAUGAUCUACAGCAGUUCCGGUUCAAACGAUUCUAUGAUAUGAGAUGGCGCCAAUUUCGAGAUAUCUCCAACGACUUCCUCAGAAUCGAACAUGCUCUGCGAGCAGCUGCCCAGCACGAAAAUCCUCUAAACAAAGAAACAGUACAGAACUCGUCAAGCAGAUGGACCCGUUCAGAAGGCAAUCAAUACCACCUAUUUGAAGAGGAGCUCCGUGAUUCAAAGCAAGACUAUUGGAUGAGGGAGCGAGCAUGGUGGGCUCACCGAGCUGCCUUUGCCGGGUUUAUGGCCAAAGCCUUUGAUUUAUGGCGCUCCUACCCUAAGUGGUACAUGCACGAGAUUCUUGUUGAGGAUUGCGUCGCUCAAGGGGGUUGUUGUGGUCGUAAGUAUGGGUGCUGUUCGAAACGACGCCUUGAUGUUACCCCUAGGCUUGAGGUUGGGCACUGCACUGCGAAUUGUCAAUGCUGUAUCAGAGAGCAAGGCUUUGUCUUCACAUCUGGCAUGAAGCGAAAGCUUAAUGAAUACUCUCGCCUUCGCACCGAGUUUGGUCGGCCAAAGGUUGAUAAUGUUACCCGUGCUUCUAUCUGGGGGUGGAUGGAGAGUAGCAAAGUUAGUCCAUUUGAUCUUAUUGUUGAACCACGUGGAUAUGAAAAGCCGGCUCUGCUAUGGAAAAAUAGAUGA